CUUAGACUGGAACUUGGAAUAAGAAUUCCUAGACCACUGGGACACGGACCAAGCAGAUUCAUCCCCGAGAAGGAGACUAUUCAAGUGGGAAACGAAGACGCCAUGAUGCAUGCGCUGUUUGCGGAUUCUUUUGCUACGCUGGGCCGAUUGGACAACGUUACCUUGGUGAUGGUUUUCCACCCACAGUAUCUUGAAAGCUUUCUAAAAACUCAGCACUAUCUACUGCAGAUGGACGGCCCGCUCCCGCUCCAUUACCGACACUACAUCGGGAUAAUGGCUGCAGCACGGCAUCAGUGCUCUUACCUUGUUAACCUCCAUGUGAAUGACUUCCUUCAUGUUGGUGGAGACCCUAAAUGGUUGAAUGGUCUGGAAAAUGCACCUCAGAAACUGCAGAAUUUAGGAGAGCUGAACAAAAUGUUGGCACACCGACCCUGGCUUAUCACCAAGGAACAUAUUGAGCAACUUUUGAAGACUGAAGAGAACAGCUGGUCCCUGGCAGAGCUGAUCCAUGCAGUGGUUCUCCUCACUCAUUACCACUCCCUGGCUUCCUUCACCUUUGGCUGUGGAAUCAGCCCGGAGAUCGACUGUGAAGGGGGUCACACCUUCAGGCCCCCUUCCGUCAGUAACUAUUGCAUAUGUGAUAUUACAAAUGGUUACCACGGGGUGGACGAAAUUCAUGCCAGCCCAGCUGCAAGUAUUCCAUCUACAGAGUCUGUCUGUGAAGUUGAAGCUCUUAUGGAGAAAAUGAAGCAGCUACAGGAGUGUAGAGAUGAAGAGGAAGCCAGCCAAGAAGAGAUGGCGACACGUUUUGAGAGAGAGAAGAGAGAAAGCAUGUUUGUGUGUUCUUCAGAAGAUGAAGAAUCGGCACCAACAAGAGACGUGUCUCGUCACUUUGAGGAUACCAGCUAUGGUUACAAAGACUUCUCCAGACAUGGAAUGCACGUGCCCACCUUUCGUGUGCAGGAUUAUUCCUGGGAAGACCAUGGCUAUUCCUUGGUUAAUCGUCUCUACCCAGAUGUUGGACAACUACUUGAUGAGAAAUUUCAUAUUGCUUAUAAUCUGACUUACAACACCAUGGCCAUGCACAAAGAUGUGGAUACCUCAAUGCUAAGACGAGCUAUUUGGAACUAUAUUCACUGUAUGUUUGGAAUAAGAUACGAUGAUUAUGACUAUGGUGAAAUUAAUCAGUUGUUGGACCGCAGCUUUAAAGUUUAUAUCAAGACCGUGGUUUGCACUCCUGAAAAGACCACGAAAAGAAUGUAUGAUAGCUUCUGGAGGCAGUUUGAACACUCUGAGAAGGUCCAUGUCAAUUUGCUUCUGGUAGAAGCUCGGAUGCAAGCCGAACUACUUUAUGCUCUGAGAGCUAUUACUCGCUAUAUGACCUGA